AUGCAGCGCUUGUCCCCUAGACCGUGGCGGCCAGUGCGUGAAGAGGAGUCGGACAUUCUGCCUCGGUCCGUUGUCACCGGCUUGUGCCAGAUUUUCGCCGAUUUUGUCCCUUGGGGAUGCUAUCCCACCCUUGAUACACCUGUACUCUCCAACUUAGGCCGCUUCCUUCCUCACCGACCGGACAUGCGCCGCAACUCGUCUGGCCCCUGA